AUGGUCGACAAUGGAAGUGCAAUCAAUCUACUUCAGCUCUUAAUUAUUCAGAAGAUAAGCCUAGAAAGCACAAUCAUAUGCCGAGCAGAGGUACUCAACGGAUUCAACGAACGCACCUUGACUGCUAUCGGCCACAUCACACUUGACAUGAAACCACUACUAGUUGUAUCAAAGCAGACGUUCACGAUCAUAAGCGACCCUUCACCCUUCAAUAAGAUUCUUAGGAGACCUUGGUUGAUCAAGCUGGAUUCCAUCACUUCUGUCAAGUAUCAAAAGAUCCGAUUCUGCAUCCCAGAUGAGAAGUAA